CAUUCUGUUCCCCUGUAAACACGUGUCGCGGCAGCCUCGCUCCUGCGCUCCUGGACCGUCGCUCAGAAUGGCAAAGAGCCUGCGGAGUAAGUGGAAGAGGAAGAUGAGGGCGGAGAAGAGGAAGAAGAACGCCCCGAAAGAGCUGGCCAGGCUGAAGCAGGCUCUGGGCUCCGGUGUGAAGGGCGAGGCGGUGAUGGCGGAGGUGCAGGAGAUCGCCACGGUGGUGCCCGCAGACAAGGUCAAGAAAGCCGAUGUCGACAUGGAAGACGCUGCAGCCACGGAGGGUCAAAUGGAGACGGACAGCAAACGCAACAAGAAAACCCUGCUGAACGAGCACGGCCAGUACCCGGUGUGGAUGAGUCAGAGGCAGGCCAAGAAGAUGCGGGCGCAGAGGACAGGACAGAAGGGUCCGGGCAAGAAGAAGAAGAAGGGACUGGCCUGGUGACCUUCAGGAGGACCUUCACCGUGACGGACUGUGGAGCCACAGAGUGGCACUGAAGCACGGACCUCAGAGACUGAUGUCCUGGACGGACAGAGACGCCCCGCUUUGGAGAUGAUGAUGAUGAUGAUGAUGAUGAAGGUGGUGCAGAGGAGCUGUGAUAUGGUUUCUCUUCCAUGUAAACAUGCAUUUCUUAAGAAACAAUAAAGCCUCCAGCUGAAGAGAUACAAGCCUGGAGAGAGAGAGAAGUGCUG